AUGUCGUCGGACGCCGCCUCCAGCCAAGCGGCCGCCGUCUCGGACGCGGAGGCGUUUCGCGUCCACAACUUGCCCGACCUGCCGCACGAGGCUCGAUCCCUCAAGCAGUACGCCGGCUUCCUCCCGACGGCGCUCGACAAGCCAGACUGGAACUCGCACCUCUUCUUCUGGCUCGUGGAGGCGGAGGAGGAGGCAAAGAGCAGCGAGCCCACUCCCCUGCUCAUCUGGCUCAACGGCGGGCCGGGCGCCUCCUCCCUCACCGGCCUGCUUCUCGAGAAUGGCCCCUUUGGCUUCCGGCUCGGCGACUCCAAGCUAUCUUACAACCCGCACGGUUGGACAAAGGCCGCCAUCGACCAGCCCGUCGGCGCCGGCUUCUCGUACACCAAGAGCAAGCCGGGCGAGUGGGGGGACGGGCCCGGCUACGUGAACUCGCUCACGGAGAUGGCCGAGCAGCUCUACCCCGUCAUCGUCGCGAUGAUUGCAAAGUUUGACUGGCUCAAGGACGCCCCCGUCUACAUUGCGGGCGAGUCGUACGCGUCCAAGUACAUUCCUCGCAUCGCGCACUACAUCCACACCAAGAACGAAGCCGCGGGCUCGAAGCUCGUAAACUUGGCCGGCAUCGCCAUCGGCAACGGGAUCGGCGACAUGGUACCGUAUGUCGCGUACGAAUCCACACCCGACUACCUCCGCCACUUUGGCCUCAUCGACGCCGAGACGCAGGCGUGGGCGCACGGGCGCCUAGCGGUGUGCAAACAGCAUUGCGACCGUGAGGAGUGGGCCGAGGCGUACAAGGUGUGCGAGGACAUGUCUGAGACGCUCCUCAGCGAGAAGGCGCAGGUCCCAUUCAUCUACGACAUCCGCGCUACCACCGACGUCUUCAGCGACCUCUCCGCCGUGACAGCCGCAUGGAUCAACGACCCCGCCGUGCACAAGGCGCUCAACGCGGGAGGCUUUCCGUGGCGCCAGUCGGACGGGCAGGGCCCCUCCUCCAUCGGCAAGCCCGUGCCGGAUCACCUCGAGAGCGACCAGCUGCUGCCCAUCCCCACCAAGAUCAUCACCGACCUCAUGGAGAAGUACCAGUUUAUGACGUACUCGGGGCAGUACGACGGCUCUCCGUGGAACUUCCUUGGGAGUGAGCGUCUCAUCGACCAGCUGGAGUGGAAGGGAAAGGCCGCGUACAACGCGAGCGCUCGCGUCGUCUGGAAGGUGGAUGGCGAGGUUGCUGGAUACAUGAAGGGCGACGUCGCCGGCUUCUCCUACGUCCUCGCGACCAACUGCGGCCACCUCGUGCCCACGGAUCAGCCCAAGAAUGCGCUCGACCUCAUCCGGAGGUUCAUCAAGCGCGAGCCGUUCGCUUAG